UAUUGGGAAGUGGCAACACCUAGAAACAGCUGAUUUUGUAUAUAAUUACAAAUUUAUCUUCCGAAAUGGUGCGAGUAGGCCUACAGAUUUCCGCUACGCUGGAAAAUGUUGACCGGCUUGAGACAAGCCAUCCGGACUAUCCCUUCUUCGUGAAGCUAGUUUGCAGCAACUGCGGAGAGCAGUCGGACAAGUGGCACGACAUUACAGAAGCGGAGCGGGUGCAACAGGACACGCGCAAUGCAGCCGGCUUCAAUUUUUAUAUGAAAUGCAAGAUGUGUAGCCGGGAAAACAGCAUUGACAUUGUGGAAAAGACCAACGCGGCCUACACUGCGGAUGAUGCUGGAUCUUUCAAGACGAUUGUUAUCUUUGAUUGCCGAGGAGUGGAACCAGUCGAGUUCUCUCCUCGAGCCGGCUGGCGGGUUUCCAGCUCUGAAAAUGGGCAGACCUUCGAGGACGUAGAUCUAUCUGAGGAUGAUUGGGUGGAAUACGACCAAAAAAACAAUAACUCCGUCGGAAUUUAUGAGUUUGCAUCAAAGUUUAUUAAGCUAAAGAAGUGAUUU